CAGCAGACAUUUAUUGAGCAACUAUUGUACGGUAGGAGCUGGAAUGGGUGCAGACCCAUAGCUGGAGUCUAGUGCUAGACCCGUAUACGGACAAUGACAAUACUGUGGGGGACGUGCUCUGGGGACCCAGAGCGAGCACCGAGUCUGGGGGCUCUUCCUGGAGGAGGUGUCGGCUAAGACGAGCCUGACAGGAGGAAAAGGAGGGGGUGUUCUUCCCCCACCCUCAACAUGGGCGUGGUGUCUGCAAGGAGAGGUGCUACAGGAAAGGGGUUCUGCUCAGCACGGCAUUCAGGCCCAGGGGCCAUGGGGUCCCUGCUGCCUCUGCUGUCCCAGUCCUGCCGCUUCUAACCAGUGCACAAAGCCAUCUCAAUUUACGUCUGCCUCACUCAAGAGCCGGGCGGUCCCAGAGUGCCAGGAGUGGCUCUCCUUCCCCUUUCCUUUUCCCAGUGCUUGACACAGCAAACCGCAGGUGCCCGAUGCUGCCGCUCCCAGGAGCCCUGCCCCAUCACAUCCCCCCUGAGGCCGAGCUGUGUGCUCCCUCGUUGUGCUCCUACAGCACUUUGUAUGUGAGUCAGAGCUCACAUUGGUCCAGCACCCUCAGCUGGCAAAGUGCUUUGCAGGUAUUCGUGUGUUUGAUGCUCACCGAAGCCCUGUGUAGGAAGUGUCGUUGCGGUCAUCGUCAUCGCCGCCAGGACACAGCACAGCAUGGUGGCUGAGGCAAGUGUGUGGGCUCUGCAGCUGGACUACUUGGGUUCCAGUCCUGACUCCACCACUAUGUGACCCUGAACUCUGUGGCUAUGUGACCUUGAACAAGUUGCUUCACCUCUCUGUGCUUCGAUGUCUCCAUUCAUAAGAGUAAACAUAUCUCAUUGGAGCAUUGAGAAACCACGUGCAGAGUAGGAAGAACACCACCAACCGUAAGGCACCUCAAUAAUAAUAGUGGUGGCUAUUGUCAAUUAUAAAUAAGGAUACAGAAGAUCAAAGUCAAGAACACCUAGCUGUCCAGCGGAGCAGGCUUUUAUCUCUAAGUCUCUAGACUUCAGGUCUUGUGUUUGAGGAUUAUCUUCCUAUCUCCCCCACCCAUCUCCCUUGUCACCCUGUCUCCUGAUUUAUCUGUUUAUGCGUCUGCCUGUCCUUCAGCAUGGGGGCUCCUCCAGGGCAGUAUCGGCAUCAUGCCGUCUCCCCAGUGCCUGGAACAGUGUCUGUUCCGGUGUCUGAGGGAACAUGCAAAAGCUUUGUCGAAGGAAUGAUGUACUCCGUGUCCCAGGCAUUCUGCUCUGUGCUUCCACACGGAUUACCUCAUCUGAGCCUCCAGACCACGCUAUGAAGUAGAUAGAAAUCUUUCGACAACAGUAUUGAGCUACAAUAAAGCACUUAUCAGUCUAGAUAUGUGUGAAUACUUGUGAACUCAUCAUCACCAGCAAAGAUGACAAACAUUUCCACCACCCCUAAAAAUUUCCCAUGCCUCUUGGAAAUCCCUCCCUCCCUCCAAUUACAGUUGUCUCUCCAGUGUACAGGGAAGGAAGUCGAGGGACUGAGAAGUUGGCCAGCAAGUGGCCGUUGCAGUAUUUGAACCAAGGUGACCUGCCCCUGGCCCGCCUCUUGGCCACCGUGCCAUGCUGCGUAGGCAGUAAUGGGCAGAGGGCGGGUGCGUGUGGCUGUUUGUAGAGAGGCCCUCCUGGGACAUCCGCCCUCCCUGCUGCCCCCGCUCAGGGCCAAGAAGACAAUUCAUGAAGAGACGGUGAGUGUGCCUGUCUCAGUGACUAAGGGUGUGUGCACACGUGAGGAGCAGGCUGCCACCCCGUAGGGAUGUUUGGGUACAAAGGGCAGAUGACACAGACAGCACAACGGGACCAGAUAAAGGUGUCCUAAAGCCAGGAGCCGGGCGAUGCGGCGCGUGGGUCUCGUGGUGGGUGCUGGGCUCAGCGUGCGAGCGUGUGACUCUGUGACUGUCAGCAUAUGACUGCUGAAGGAAGGGACGUAGCAGCUCCCGGAGCUGGGGGGCGGAAGGCGUUAACUGUGUGAAUGCUGGCAUGGGUGGGGGGCCCUGGGUCUCCAAGCUCUGGGCUGAGAGAGGUAGUAAACAUCAGGGCGACUGGAGGAUCGUGAUGGCGGCCCUGCAAGGAUGCUGCAGGGCUGUGGAGGUUUGUGCGACUGCAGUUCAACAAAUUCAAAUUCAACCAAUGCCAGCAACGCCUGUUGUGUGCCAGGCAACCAGCUAGGAGGAGGAGACGUGCACCCAGCUUUCAGCUGAAUGGUACUGGCUGCAGGGUUUGUGUGAUCACCUUGUGGCUUUUUGGGGGCUGGCUGCUUUUGGCCCUUUCUGCCAUUAAGUCCUCACGAUAACCCUAUCCCACUUUGAGGCAAGAUGGAGGAGCACAGAAAGGAAGUGACUUGCCCAAGGUGACCCAGCUACUCAGCACCAGGGCAGGAUCUGCAGAGCCUGAGUCCUUCACCACCAUGCCUGUGCUACGGUGCAAAUGUCUGGUCCUGGAGGUGCGGGCUUGCACUUCUGCAAGCCAGCGGCCUUGGAGACACCCCUGCCCCCAACCACGUGGGCUAGAAACCAGGCCACAGCCACUGUGCUGAGAGGCCCAGCGUUUGGUUGCUCCUAGCUCUACCUUCCCAGGGACCAGAUUUCUGGGCGGAGGGGCUGCUGGGCUUUUGGAAACCCCUAGGCACCCCAUCCUCGCCUCAGGCCCUCCAGGAGCUCCCGCCCCCCUUCCCCCCUCCCGGUACUGACUCUCGGCCAGAAGAGGAAAGGCUGUCUCCACCCACCUCUCGCACUCUCCCUUCUCCUUUAUAAAGGCCGGAACAGCUGAAAGGGUGGCAACUUCUCCUCCUGCCGCUGGGAGCAGCCCGCCUGCCUCCCCGUGCGCCCGCAGCCUCCCCCGCUGCCUCCCUGAGGGCUCCCCUCUGGCCGCCAGCGCCCAUCUUUCAUUCCCGAGAUAGGGAUAUUUUGCGCGCACACACAGACACACACGCGCAAAAAGGGGGAAAAAAGCCCACCCUCCAGCCUCGUUGCAAAGAGAAAGCCGGAGCAGCCGCAACUCGCAGCCCGUAGAGGACGCCCAGAGCGGCGAGCGGGCGGGCAGACGAACCGACCGACUCGCGCCGCGUCCACCUGUCUGCCGGGCCCGGUCCAGCGCGCAGCGGGCACGACGCGCGCGCGGAGCAGCCGUGCCCGCCGCCCGGGCCCCGCGCCAGGGCGCACACGCUCCGGCCCCCCCCACCCGGCCCGGGCGGGAGUUUGCACCUCUCCCUGCCCGGGUACUCGAGCCGCCGCUGCAAAGCCAACUUUGGAAAAAGUUUUUUUGGGGAGACUUUGGCUUUGAGGUGCCCAGCUCUGCGCUUUCCGACUUCGGGGGCCUUUCCAGAAAAUGUUGCAAAAAACCUAAGCCGGCGGGCAGAGGAAAACGCCUUUAGCCGGCGAGCGAAGACGAACCAUCGACUGCCGUGUUCUUUUUCCUCUUCGAGGUUGGAGUCCCCUGGGCGCCCCCACACGGCUAGACGCCUCGGCUGGUUCGCGACGCAGCCCCCCGGCCGUGGAUGCUCGCUCGGGCUCGGGAUCCGCCCAGGUAGCGGCCUCGGACCCUGGUCCGACGCCCAGGUCCUCCCCAACCCCCCAACGACGGAGCCCGGCCUGGGGGCGGCGGCGCCCGGGGGCCAUGCGGGUGAGCCGCGGCGGCGGCUGCAGCGGCCUGAGCGCCUGAUCGCCGCAGACCCGAGCAGAGCCCACCUCCCUCCCCAGCCCCCGCCCCCCACCCUGGCCGCGGGGGCGGCGCGCUCGGUCCACGCGUCCGGGGCCCCGCGGGGCCGGGCCCGGAGUCGGCAUGAAUCGCUGCUGGGCGCUCUUCCUGUCUCUCUGCUGCUACCUGCGUCUGGUCAGCGCCGAGGGGGACCCCAUUCCCGAGGAGCUCUACGAGAUGCUGAGUGACCACUCCAUUCGUUCCUUCAAUGACCUCCAGCGUCUGCUGCACGGAGACUCCGGAGAUGAAGACAGGGCUGAACUGGACCUGAAUUUGACCCGGUCCCAUCCUGGAGGCGAGCUGGAUAGCUUAUCCCGCGGGAGAAGGAGCCUGGGUUCCCCGACAGUCGCUGAGCCAGCCGUGAUCGCCGAGUGCAAGACACGCACCGAGGUGUUCGAGAUCUCGCGGCGCCUCAUAGACCGCACCAACGCCAACUUCCUGGUGUGGCCGCCCUGCGUGGAGGUGCAGCGCUGCUCCGGCUGCUGCAACAACCGCAAUGUGCAGUGCCGCCCCACGCAGGUGCAGCUGCGGCCCGUUCAGGUAAGAAAGAUUGAGAUUGUACGGAAGAAGCCAACCUUUAAGAAGGCCACGGUGACCUUGGAGGACCACCUGGCGUGCAAGUGUGAGACGGUGGUGGCACGAACCGUGACCCGAAGUCCUGGGAGUUCCCAGGAGCAGCGAGCCAGGACGCCCCAAACUCGGGUGACCAUUCGGACGGUGCGAGUCCGCCGGCCCCCCAAGGGGAAGCACCGGAAGUUCAAGCACAUGCACGGCAAGAAGGCGCUGAAGGAGACCCUCGGAGCCUAGGGGCAUCUGCAGGAGAGUGCGGGCAGGGUUAUUUAAUAUGGUAUUUGCUGUAUUGCCCCCAUGGGGUCCUUGGAGUGAUAAUAUUGUUCCCCUCGUCCGUCUGUCUCGAUGCCUGAUUCGGACGGCCAAUGGUGCUUCCCCCACCCCUCCACGUGUCCGUCCACACUUCCACCAGUGGGUCUCCCCUCAGUGGCCUCCAGCAUCUUGCCCAGAAGCUCAAGAAGGAGAUGAAGGACCUGGACUCCAUCGCUGUCUUCCUCUCCUGACCUGGAGAAAAUGGGAUGAAAGUGCAAGAGAGACUGAUGGGGUCGCUGUUGGGGGAAAGGAGCUUCCUUCUCCAGUGCUGUGGACUGGCCUGAAACCCUGCACGUGGGCCUGAGGACCUCUCAGCAUGGCCUGCCUGGUCCCUGGACCCGCAGCCAGCUCUGACGGGAGCACCCCCAGGCAGGCCAGGGUACUCGUACUCCUGUGGCUGAGACCAUGUUGGGGAGCAUAGACUGGAGAAAACCCCCUCCUGCAAUGCCCAGGCCCGGUCAUCUCCCCUUGGUUACCUCUGCUCACAGUGGCUUCUUUUCAUUUUAUACGUUUGAAUUCUUUGAAGAUGCGGACUCUUCCAGGCAGGGGUGGCCAGAGCACCAGGCAGCCGAGUGCCCUCUCAGACGGGUUAGAGAUGAAGUUUGCUCCGGAGGUGGAUGGAGAUGGUGACCUGGGCAUGCAGUGCCUCCUUCCACUCCCCCUGUUCACUUUUUCCUCUGUUUCAUCUCUCUACCUCCACCCUGUGUCUCCUCCUGUCCUGACCCUUCAGUCUGCUCCACCAAGGGGCUCUUGGACCCCUUAUUGAGGCUGCAGAUAACUCCAGUCACUGCUCUGUAGGACAGAAGACCAGGGCCCAGGGCGGCAGGGGGCCUGCCUGUCAUAUCCCAGCCCAGCCAAGACUGCCAUGUAAGGUUGUACAGGGUGUGCACUGCACAAGGGCACUGCAUGCAGGGAGCACAGGUCACACACAACCGUAGACAUGGCCAAUUUGUAUAUUUAUUAUGACAAUUUUUUGGCAGAUGGAGGUAAAGUGUCUUGAGGAAAGGGAUCCUUUUCCUAAUUGACACAAAGGCUCUGUGUGGACUGGCUGUGCCUCUGACCCAGCCCGCAACUUGGAGCGGUCAGACAGGACUGAGCCCUUGGUGGGGGACAGGGGAGCAACACUUGUCCCUGUGGCCUCCAUUUCCCCAAGUUCUCAGCUCAAGCAGUCUCCCCUUUAGGCGGGUGUGAAAAACCCAAGAGAAAGUCUCCAAGGGUAGGGGGUAGUAGCCCUUGCUCCGCCCCUGCACACGCCCCUCUUCUUAGAUCUUUUUGAGUUCCAUCUCUGGUGGCUCCUCCCAGGAAACCAGCUAUUGGGCUGGGAGUGGGGGAGAAAAGGGAAAAGAUCCCCAGGGCCCCCUAGGGGUGGGGUCUGAGCUCCCACCUCCCUUUCCACCUUCUACUGCACUUUCCCCCCUCCCCCCAUCUCCCAAAUCUGCUUCCUUCAGUUUGUAAAGUCGGUGAUUAUAUUUUUGGGGGCUUUCCUUUUAUUUUUUAAAUGUAAAAUUUAUUUAUAUUCCGUAUUUAAAGUUGUAAAAAAAAAUAACCACAAAACAAAACCAAA